GAAAGAAAGAAAGAAAGAACAAGGCAUACAAAUGGCAGCAGAGUUUGGUUUGAGUGUACUGGGAAAGAUCGCGGAGUUGCUGAUUGAGCCAAUUCAACGAGAACUUGGCUAUCUCUUAUGCUUCAACAAUAACUUUCAAGAGCUCCAAACUCAACUGGAAAAACUAAAAGAAACAAGAGAGGAUGUACAAGCAAGGGAAGAUGCAGAAAUGAGGAAGCGGAACACCCUGGGUGAAUCCGUCAAGAGGUGGAUUGGGGAUGCAAAAGAAAAAAUUGAAGAAGCGGAUAGUCUUAUCAAAGAGAAGGCCGAGGUUCAAAAGGGGUGUUUCUCCAUCAAAUGGUGUCCUAAUAUAAGCUUGCGCUUUUCUUUGGGCAGGAAGGGGAAGAAGUUAUCUGUCGUUAUCAUUGAGCUUCUUCAAUCCGGUGGUGACUUGCCACACACGGGUCACGCCUUACCCGUGUCACCCAUAAAUAUGCGCAAUUACAUUGGAGAUGCUCAUGAUUUCAACAGCCCAAGUCAGAUUGUGGAAGACAUCAUUGAGAAGUUAAGGGAUGAAAAGACAAUGUUAAUUGGGAUAUGCGGGAUGGGAGGCAUUGGAAAGACUACAUUGGCCAAGCAAGUCCUCCAAAAGGUACAAGACUUUCAUAAGCCUUUAUUUGACGUUCGAGUUAUUUCGACUGUCUCCAAUAGUCCCAAUUUCAAUACUAUCCAACAACAAGUCGCGGAGAUGUUAGAGUCUUCGCUUAAAGAAAUAGAGAAUGAGAUUUUAAGAGCAGAACAAUUACGAAAAGCUUUUAGUAACAAAAAGGUUGUUGUCUUGUUGGAUGAUGUUUGGAAAGAGUUUGAUUUAAAUGCUUUUGGUUUUCCAUUAACAAAAUCAAAUGUUGAUGGGAGUUUCUGUAAAAUAAUUUACACAUCUAGAAACAAAGAUUCAUUAUGGUCAGGUGAACGGAACAUCACCAAACAAGAAUUCUCUCUUGACAUUUUGUCAGAUGAAGAAUCCUUGACUUUGUUUAAAAGAAAAGUCAAUCUGCCUAAUGAUGAUAUUGAAAAAAAUGAAAUAGCAAGAAAAAUUGUGAAAGAAUGUGCAGGACUGCCCCUCGCGCUUGAGGUUGUAGGAGGCGCUCUCGUAAAUAAGAGAACAUCCGCGUGGAACGAUAUGCUUUUCAGGUUGCAGAGUCAACAACUUCACCAUGACAAGAUAGACAAGGUCGUGCAGACGAGUUAUGACUUCUUAGAAGAUCACGAAGCCCAAUUCUUGUUCUUGCUCUGCUGCUUAUUCCAAGAAGACGAAGUGAUUCCUAUCCAGACGUUGUAUCGUUAUGCAGUGGGUUUGCAACUCUUCAAAGAAUAUGCAGUGAAGAUGCAUGAUGUGGUGAGAGACGUGGGAAUUUCAAUUGGAAAACAAGAACAAAACGGUUUUAGUUUUAUAGAGGAGGAUGAACAAGAGAUUGUCUUCAGUGGAGGCUCAGAAUUGGAGAUACUACGUUUGAAUACUUUACGUUUCUACCUACCAAAUAUUAAAAUGCCAGAAAAUUUAUUUCAAGGAGCGGAUAAUCUCAAAGUUCUUGAUAUAAUCGGCACUUUCAGCCAGAUUAGUGAGUUUCCAUUAUUUUCUUUUUUAACCAACUUGAAGAUGUUAUCUCUAGAGGGAUUUAAUUUUAAUAUGUCAACCAAUGUAUCUACCAUUGGACAUAUUAAGUGUUUGGAGAUCCUUAGCCUUCGAAAUUCAAUCAUGAAAGAUUUGCCAAACGAAAUAAGUGAGUUAACAAACUUAAGAUUGUUGGAUUUGACUAGGUGCAAAUGUUUCAUAAUCAAUGGUGUUCUUUCGAAUCUUACUAAUCUACAAGAAUUGUACAUGUUGGAGAGCUUUCAAGAUUGGAGGCUACAAAAAGAAGAUGUUAAUGAUGGAGACAAUCAUGCAGCAGGUCUGGAGGAGUUAAAUUGCUUACAUAAAUUGUGGAAAUUGGAACUGGAGGUAAUCAACAUUGAACAAGUGCCGAGAGGUGUUAGGCUAUUUUCUUCUUCAACAUUAUUGGAACAAUUCAAGAUAAGAAUGGUAGAAAAAUAUGAGAGAGGAACUCAAUUUCAAGCUGGGAAAAGACAACUGUGGUUGGAAAAUGUUAGAAACAAUACCACCAGUUCCUUACAUUUACAUGAUGAACUUGGGGUCUUAGUAGAAAAGGGCAUUACCAAUUUAUGUAUAAGCAAUGAUCUUGUCAUGUGGGAGAAAAUGCAUUUAAACAGUCUUCUAUCAUUGAGAGAAGUUGUUCUUAAAAAUUGUGGAUCAAUUAUUACUCUUUUCCCACCGUCACAAUCAUCGAUGGAAAUAGAAGAGAUCAAUGGACUUGGGCGUUAUUUGUGGCGUAUCGAAAUAUAUAAAUGCAGUCAAAUGAGGCACUUAUGUUCUACAUCAAUAUCAAGGAAUCUCACAAAUCUUAAAUAUCUUGUUCUUCAAGACUGUGAAAUGACUGAAGAAGUUGUUAAUUUUUGCGAUGAGACAGAACAACUCAAUAAAAUUGAGUUCAAUGCUUUGGAAACUCUUGUGCUACGUGAAUUGUCUAGGAUGGAAAGUUUUUGCAGAGGAAUAAAUGAAAUUUAUUUUCAUAAACUAAAAAUAUUGCGGCUAACAGGACUGAAGAAUUUUAUAUUUCCAACAAAGGUGGAAAUACCUUGUUUGGAGAUUCUGGAGAUCUCAUUUAUUCCAAAUAUUGAAACUUUGCCCAUCGUGGCUCCAUCCCUCAGAUUCUUAAACAUUGAUAGUUGCGGAAGCUUAAAAUAUGUCUUCUCGGAGAUCUUCUUGAUAAGUAUUUCUCAUCUUGAAAAUUUAUCCAUUAAAAAAUGCAAAAUGUUGAAGGGACUAAUAGGAGUGUCGAAGGGUGUGGAAGUGGAGUCGAAAAAAUCAAUUGAAUUCCCCAAUUUGAUGAGAUUGCAUCUCGCAUCCUUAGACAAAUUAAGGAGUUUUGUCAUGGACAUCAACAAUUUGGACGUUGAAGAGAAAAAGUCGCAGCAAAAAACACUAUUUGAUCAUGAUGAGUUGGAAAUACCUUACUUGGAGGAGCUGAGUAUGACAUCUAUUCUAAAUAUUGAAACUUUGUGCUUGCCACCAUCAUUGCAAAGGUUGAAUAUAUAUAGGUGUGACAACUUCCAAUAUAUUGACUUCUCUAAUAGCAUGGUGAUGAAGGUUAUUUCUAAUCUUAGAAGUUUAACCAUUCGAAAAUGUAAAAUGUUGAACGGAGUAGUAGGAGUAACAAUGGGUGUAGGAGAGCAACAGAGAAAAUCAAUUGAAUUCCCUAAUUUGUUGAUAUUGUAUCUUGAAUCCUUGGACGAAUUCACGAGUUUUGUCAUUAAUGUCAACAAUUUGGGUGACAAGGAAGAAAAGUCGCGAAAUGCACUAUUUUAUCACGAUGAUUAUCAGGUCUCAUUUCCUUGUUUACAAGAGUUGGUGAUAGAUGGAUUGCGAAAGAUAAAUUAUAUAAUAGGAAGGAACAGUGAACAAGUAAGAGUUCAUGAUGAUAUCGAGGAAUGGCAUGGCAGGGAAUUAUUAGUAUUUCCUAAUGUGGAGACAUUGCGGCUACAACAUUUAAAGGAACUCGUGAGUUUUGUUGGAGUGAUGAACAAUAUUGACAACAAUUGCAAAAAUCAAAAUGCAUUAUUUCAUCCUGACGAUGAUGAUGAGGUCUCAUUUCCUUCUUUACAAAAGUUGAGUGUAUAUAGAUUGCCAAAGAUAAAUUAUAUAGUAGAAAGGAAGACUGGACAAGUAAGAAGACGUCGUGAUGAUGAAGGCUAUGGCAAGGAAAUUCAACAACACAUAUUAUUAUUAUUCCUUAAUUUGAAGAGAUUGGAGCUUAUUCAUCUAGAGGAACUCGUGAGUUUUGUUGGAGUGAUGAACAAUAUGGACAACAGUUAUAAAAAUGAAAAUGCGCUCUUUCAUCCGGAAGAUGACGAGGUAACUUUUAUAAUUGUAAAGUUAAAACAGUAUUAUAGUUAUGUAUAA